CAUUUUAUUUAUUAAGCUUUUAAAGAAUCAAUUUUUUAAUCUAUUCUUAACUAGUGAGAAGUGCUCGUAGCAGAGUUAUAUAUACUAUUUCAUUUGGACAAAUGAAUCGGUCUUUAUCUAUGCCCCCAAACUUUUUACUCCAAAAGGAAUCACCGUGAAGUAACUUUCGUGUUCCCAAAACUAUCCAGUGACUAUCCACCGACCUGUUGUUCCAAUUCCAGUACCAGAAAUGGCAACUCAAAUCCUAAUUCCCACAAUUCGCUUUUAAUAUUCGCUCGAACGCUUUGUAACCAUUGGCUCGAUAUCAAGAUACUGGAAACUUAUAAAUUUAACGGUAAAUAAUUUUUAAAUUCAAUUUUUAAUUUUAAUUUUAAUUCGUAAUCUAAAUUCUCGUUGUAAUAACAUUUUUGAUCGAUUAAAAAAAAAAAAAAAGAAAGAUCCAAUUAUAGAUGCGAUAUAUUGCAGAAAUAAGUACUUGAAACAACCUCUGCUCGCUGCUCUCUACGUCAAUUAACCCUCGCAACGUAACGCAACUAAAAUAUCCUAUCGACGUGGACCAAAGAUAUAAAAUCAGCCUCGAGUAUCCUCAACUGCUUUAUCUCUUGUUAUUUAUAUCGCUCUCUACGUAAUACCGCUGGAUUAAUUGCCAUUAUAUCCAGCACGCACCGUCCCAUUCACGUCGAGUUAUCAAAUCAAGCCAAUCUGCCAGAGGAAUCGGUUAACACACUUUGGCGUGUUCGAGAGGUGUUUAAAAGUGAUCGAAUCGGUUUGAAAGCGGUUCGAGCACUUCGCUAGUAAAUCCGUCUAGCGUGCUACAACGGUGCAUCGAGCUGCUUCUAGUGGGCUUCGGCCAGACCCGUCCGGAGAAAGUUAAUUUCGCAUGGCCGUUGAACCGAUAUCGCGAUUACGUAGGGGAAGCCGGGGACUAUAAUGCAACAACGACUAUUAUGCCGGUCCACUGCUGUGCGUCGAGCGGAUCGCGCGGACCUUUGUCUCUCCAUCGCUCUGUCCACCGAUUUUCCACGGGGAUGAAACUGUUGCGUCCCUCUUGCCGUACGGCAAGCUGUACGGAUAUAUAGACGGGAGAAGACGGCUAGUUUUUCUCGUCGAGUCGAGAGAGCAACGUAACAAGAUAAAUUCGCCGUUAGAAAGGCGAUCGCGGAGCGACAUAUAUGUACACAGAGACGAAUCAAUGGUUAAAAAGUUUCGUGUAAAUGGAAACGACACGAGUUGGCCUGCCUCCAAGCUCGAGCCUCGUGGACGCGUUUUUUCUUUCGACCGACGGCUGGCACGUCGGAUCUCCGCCAAAUUGACGUAACGUUUCCCCUCCCCACUCUCCUCUUCCCCUCCCCUCCCUCGCCGCCGUCGCGAUAUUCCGUAAUCGUCCUCGUCGCAGUUCGUUGCACUCGUACUCGUACUUUUAGUUUUUCUUUCUCUACUCGAAUUUUUUUUCGAGUAGAAACUGCCGCAUUCCGCUCCCAGUUCCUCUUUGUCCUCGUUAUCUUCUAUCCUUCCAUCCCGUGAUGUGACAUCAACGCCAGAAGAAUAUUGAAUAUAUAUAUAUAUAUAUAUAUAUAGAUAUAUAUAUAUAUAUAUAUAUAUAUAUAUAUAUAUAGAUGAUGGUUCAAAGACAAACGUCAAUUCGAGUAAUUUAUAAGAGCGAUAUAAUUUUAACGCGUUCGGUGAAAGUCGAACGCGUUCAAUCCGACUAUUCGUUCCGUUGUGAAACGAUAGUUUCUUCAAACGUUCGGCGCAUGCGUGUAGAGCGUACACCAUGAGAUAAUUUCUAGCUUUAUUUUUCUUGUACCUUUCGAACUAUCGGUGUUUCUACACACGUCGAUUCGCAUUCGAGAGGUUCGACGGAAAGGAGAAUUAUCUUUGGAACGAUCUUUUGUCCAAAGAGGUGGGAAUAAAACAGGAGAAUCGCGUGGGUGAAGCUCGUUCAUCGUUUUCCAGCAACAACAAGGGAACCAGUACCGGUUUUCCUAUGCGCAAAAAGACAAUAUACACGACCUUAACGGAUAUGGUCAGACCAGAUAGCCCGACCUCGAGGAUCCGUUCGAUCCACGGGUUUUUUCCUUGUCUCAGCUGCUCUUGUCCUUCCUCUCUUCCUUUUUCUCGUUCUUCCUUUUCUGGAUAACAAAAGCCGUCUCCUGCAUCUCGUGAAACUUUUCUUUGUCUCUCUUCUCUCUCGCUGCACUUAUACCGAUCACGAUGCCAAUCGAUAUUAGAAUAUACGAUGUAGAAUUUUUAAAGGACGACGGGUUAAAGAAAAUAUAAAAGAAUGGAGUUAGUAUCAACACAAUGCAGUAAACAUGCCGUCAUUGUUAGAGGCGCUGGAGCUUAAGUACGGCAGUUCAACGACCGACUGCUCCCUCACGGACGAGGAGACCGAGUCGAGCUCGCCGAAGGCCGCCCUCUCGGUCAGCAUCUUCAUCCCGAAGAAGUCGCCCCGGCACACCGUGCCGGCGUUGCUCGUGCUGCAGGACUGCGACAUCGAGUCGGCCGGGAACGACGCGGAGAAACUGAGCAAGAAAUGCAGGAACGUGGAGGAGCUCGACCUCGCGCAAAACAAACUGUCCCAAUGGACCGAGGUGUUCGGUAUUCUGCAGCACAUGCCCAAGAUCAAAUUCGUGAAUCUUAGCUUCAAUUGUCUGGCCGAGGUUCUCGAGAUCAAGCACGGGAGCUACGACAUGUUGAAGAAUCUCGUGUUGAACGGAACCAGGGUGACCUGGUCCACGGUCCAGGGGUUGAUCCGUCUACUUCGUAAUCUGGAGGAGCUUCAUCUCUCGUUGAACGAGUACAAGACGGUCGACCUGGACUAUCAAUUACCCGAGAAUAAGAACGUGUCCGUGAAAAAGCUCCACUUCACCGGGAACCCCGUCGAGGUGUGGAACGAAAUUUCGAAACUUGGCUACGUAUUCCCCAAUCUCGAGAGCCUUGUGCUAGCCGAGUGCCCGAUAAGGUCGUUGGCUCUCGUUGACAAUAGAAACUCGAACGAGGAGCCGUGCUCGAAGAAGGGGGCGGAGAAUCUGAGCGAGGACAACGAGAAUAUGAACAGUCUGAGGGAGGAGGAGGAGGAGGAGGAGGGGGGCACAUCGAUGGUGGACGAGAAGGGGAACAGGAUAUUCAGCGAGGGAAAAUUGAAUUACGACAGAUCAGAGUCGGAAUCGGAAUCGAGUGGCACGACCAUCAGGUCGUCUCACGAUCCUUUCAGAAAGCUAAGGUUUCUGAACGUGAACGGCACCCUGUUGUCCACGUGGGACGAUGUCGAGCGGCUUGCCAGGUUUCCAGCGCUUAAAUCACUGAGGAUUCAGGGCUGCCCUCUUUUCGAGAGUCCUCGAGAAUACACGGAGCACGAGAGGCGGCAACUGUUAAUCGCCAGACUUCCGAAUGUCGAGACAUUGAACGGCGGCGGUGUGAUAUCCUCCCAGGAGCGCGAGGAUGCCGAAAGGGCCUUCAUUCGAUAUUACAUGGACAAACCAGAAGCGGACAGGCCGGAAAGGUACUCCGAGCUGGUGGCUAUUCACGGAAAACUGGAUCCUCUGGUACACGUCGACCUGACACCUGAGAAGAGGGUCAAGGUCACAUUCACUUACGGAGACCUAGUCGAGGUUCGAUCCAUAGACGUGUACAGAACGGUUUUCGAGUUAAAAACCAAACUGGAAACGAUGGUGAAAAUCCCGGCGAAUAGGAUGAGACUUUUUUACGUGGAUCAGGUUAUGAAGGCGCAAUACGGACCGGAGGAGAUGCUGUACCCGAACAAACAGUUGUAUCGGUACAAUAUACGAAACGGCGACGAAAUCAUUAUCGACAGCAAGUUGAAUCGUUUUGUAUCGACGUCGUCGACAACGUCUUCCAUUCGUUCAUGAAGAAGGUUCUCAAGCGAAUCAUCGGACGAUAUGAAACAUACCUGACAGUUGUUGGGAUCCUGCUGACCUCCAGUGAAAAGUGAAUGAGAUAUCGAGAUUUCGAUCGCGGAUCAAUUAUACGUGGAGAAACUCGGAAUUUUUUUAUAUAUUACACACACGCCGAAAUAAUAAUUGUUCUAGAAAAUAUACUUAUCGAUUCUUCAGGGUUGAAAAAGGGUUGAUAAUGAUACGAUUAAAAGGCGCGUUUGUGCGCGAGAAAUGGCUGCGAGAGAAAGUUUAAAGUUAAAAUUUUUACAAUACUUGGAUGAAUUAGAACGGGAAAUUAAAUUUUCACGUACAGGCAGCUAUUCGUAUAUACUCUAUGCAACGUUUUUAAUGGAAACGAUUUUAGUGAAUGCGUUUGUAAGAAAAAUAUUACGACUCUCUUCGAAGCUUCAUGUUAAUCGUUAGCGUAGAUUGCAGUCAAAUCUAUCAAGAUAGAAAUAUAAACUAUCCACUUAGUUAAAUAGUAUCCAAUUUAUCGAUUGUUUUUCGAAUAAUUAGAAGAAGAAUAUUGCUAAGAAAUGAGAAAGUUCAUACGCUGACCAUAUUAUACAAAAAAAAAAAAACUUUGAAAUUGUGAAAUUUGGAUAUGAAAUAGGAAAAAUCAAAGAAAAAAAAAAAAGAAAAAGGAAAAAAAAAAGAAAAAAUGUAGAGCUAAAUAUCGCAAGCGUAUCGAAUAAAAAUGAAAGAAUACAUUGAUCGACCAGUAGUGAUAUUUUUAAUUCCGCAGCCAAAUGUAUCGUGUUAGAAAACUGUUAUCUAGUAAAAUGUUAAAUUCGAUUUAUUAAGAUUUUGUAAUGGUAGGAGAUUCGUUGAAUAUCAAGAUCAAGUUGAAUUAGCUUCGUGGAUGACAUUUGAAACGUAAGAUAAUUCAUAUACUUCGGAACAAUGUGACAAGUAUGAUAAAGAUGUGUAUGCCGAAGAGAAUUAUUUUUAUAGAUCGUAAUUGGGUACGAGAAAGACACAAAAAAAAAAAGGAAUCACGGACAAUGAUAAAAAGAAACAUAUAUAUAUAUACACAUACACAUACACAUACACAAUUUUCUCUUCUCGGUCCCAACGACUAAAGUUUCGUUCUGGCCGAUGUAAAAAAUUCUUAUUUUCCUGCUUGAACAGCAAUUUCAAAGCGCGAUAUAUGUUUUUACACAGGCCAUAAAAAAAUUAAUGAAAUGUAAUAGUCGAUAAUUAUGGAUUAUUUUUACAUCUUUAUGUUCAUUGUUUAGUAUAAAGAUGCAAACAUUGAUGCUUUUUUAGAAAAAGGAAAAAAAAAGGGAUAAACAUAACGAUAUAAUUCACGAUAUAAUUUCAUGCAUUUUUUGAUGUGUACUUAAGCUUGUCGGUUAUCGAUGCGCGAUAACUAUGAAUUUAAGCGCAAUUAAUAUGUUUCUAUACUUUUAACAGAUAAUUUACGAUUUUCCUUCAGUGUACUUUCUAUUGUAUGGAAUUCAUAAAUUGUACAAAAGAAAGUGAAAGAAUGAGAAUCAUUAGCGAGCGUGUUACAAGACACUAGGAAGAAAACAACGAUAUUGCGUGUUAUGGCUUAUUCCGCUUGCAAGGGAGAAACCUUGAAGAGUCGCUUAGUGCCUGCCAUUUAUUAGCAUUAACUCGAAUAUUUCUAACACUGCCCUUGUAAAUAUCAUAAAUUUAUACAUACGAAGCAACUUCGUCGACUCUUCAUGGUAGUGUCUUGACCAGCCAGUGUUUCACUGUGAUCGAGUCGUAGUAUUGGAAUACUUUAUAGUUCUAAGAACGUUAAACGAGAUAUAAACAAGAAAAUAUUUCAAUACGUAUGACGUAAAAAUUAUUUAAAAAGAAAAAAAAAGAAAAAAGAAAAAGAAAAAGAAAGAUCAGCACUGCGCGAUUAAUGAAGAGUCGGUCGACACUUCUCCGAAAGAUCAAAUGCGGUAUCGUGUCCGUUUUUCAUUGGAUCUCAGGGUCAUUGAUGAAUUAUACGUAUCGUGUCAAGUCGUUUGAUCGAUGUAUACGGCAAGUAAUCAUGAAAAAAAACGAAGGGUAUAAACGCAAUAACCCUGAGUCCCCACGCCCUCUAUAUUGUGUCUAGUCUCGGAAAAGGAAACUGCAUUGUUCUCAUUUUAUAUGAUACGAUCCUUUUUUGUGCUGGCGCAAAUGUGUACGUACUAACGAAAUAAAAUCUUUAUAUGAGACAACCCCUA